AUGUCUGCCACAGGGGAUCGAGACCCAACCCAAGAGGGCCCAGUGGGAGAGUGGAUGGGGGCUGCUGGAGUGGGUGAAGGGAUACACCUCGACUUGGGCCCAGAUGGGGGCAACAUGGCACCUGAGACCAUGGAAGCCCAGGUGGCGGGUUCUGGGGGGAUGGAGAUCCUGGAGCCUGAGGGAGGCCUAGAGGAGGAAGAGGGAGCUCAGGGCCUAGUCCCGGCCAGAGCCCGGGAGGGCGGCGACGCCGAGGAAGACUCGGACAUUGGGCCGGCAGAGGAGGAGGGAGGGGACCUGGAAGAGAGCCAGGACAUCCUCGUGGACGCCCGUCAGUUCCCCAUGGUUGGCUUCCGCUUCAUGUUCCUGGAUCUGGUCCACUCCCUUCUGCACCGCAUCUACUACAACAACCACAUCCUGAUCCGCCCCUACCGUGGCCCUGUGGUGGUGCGAUCCCUCUCGCCAAUGGCGGAUGGCUCAAGCGAGCUCCCAGUGCUGCACAUACCCCAGAGGCUGAGAAUGACGGCCCAAUCUCGGGAGGUCCAAGGCGAGGGCCUUCGCUUGGGUCUAGGCCUGCCUGAGGUGGCCACCUCAGUCCUAGAGUUCCAGGAACCAACAGACAACGCAGAGGCAGCCCAUGUUUCCGUGGAGCAGACAGAGGAAAUGGCAGAGGAGGAGCAGGCAGACGAGAUGAUAGAUCAGGUCACAGAAAUAAGGGGUGAGGAAUGGGUGUAG